GGUGAUGGAGCGGUUUCCUCCCCCGGCUCCUGCAGUCUGCUGACCAGCCUCCCCUCUCCUCCCUCCCUUCCUCCCACCGCCAUGCCGAGCCGACAGAAGCAGCUCCUCUUCUCCGUGUCCGGGAUCCUCGGCUUCUCCUGCGCCGUCACGGCCGCGGUGGCCACCGGCCUGCCCUACUGGCUCAGCGGGGCCGUGCUGUGCCGCACCGGGGCCGAGCUCGUCAACGCCACCGGAGCUGAGCUGGACAAGUUCGUGGGCGAGCUGAGCUACGGGCUUUUCCAUGGGCAGAGGGUGAAGCAGUGCGGCCUGGGAAGCAGAGCGUCGCGCUUCUCCUUCUUUCCCGACCUCCUGAGCACCAUCCCCACAGGCCUCCAUGUCACUAUCAUCUUCUUCUGUGGUGCUGUGGUCCUCUUCUCCUCUGUGGCCACUGGCUUCUUCUUCUUCAACGCCUUCGGCAGACCCUACGAGACGCUGCGAGGCCCCAUGGGACUUUACCUGUGGACCUUCAUCACCUGUAUCAGCAGCUGCCUCGUCAUGAUUCUGUUUGCUUCAGAGGUGAAGCUCAAUCAUCUGUCCGAGCGGAUCGCCAACUUCAACAAUGAGAACUUCAUCUUCCAGACGUACACUGAGCGCUACGACCAAUGCUUCUGGCUCUUCUUCCUCAUCUUCCUCCUCCAGGGACUGAACGGCCUGCUGGUCCGACUGGCGGGAAUCCAGUUUCCCUUCCAGGAAAGCAAAGAGGUGGACCUGAGCGGUGGAGCAGCCGACCUCAUGUACUGAGACGAAGAAAGACCACAGCGCAACCAUCUGCUGGGAAAGUUCACAACCUGAACUCCAGACUUUAUCCAACUGAUCUGUCACAUACAACUUCCUGUCUGAGAGACAUAAAAAACUGGAACUUUGAGCACUGAGACAACUCAACCAUGUGCUGCUCUGCUAUCAGAUCUGAACUUACAAACGCCCAGUCUUUGUAAGUGUGAAGAGGUUUCCAUCAGUAACAGCAGCGGGACCUUCUGGAGUUCAAUUUGAAGACUUUGAGCUGGUGGACAUCAAUCAUGAAUCUGAAAAAAAAAAUGAACCCAUCAAUUAAGAGUACUAAACAUAAACAGUUUGCAUACUUUUAUAGAUUAAUUGAGAUGAUUUUUGGUAAACUUUCUUUGAUGAUGAUGGAUGUGAGUGUACUCUAGAUGUAGGCCUGUAGUUUUCUCUCUUUCUUCGUUUAUUAGCAGACUGGUGAAACGUUGGUGGGUCAGGAAUGCUGUUUAAGUUCUUCACUGGUUCUGUGCAGCACAUCCUUCUCUGAGCUGUUCUUCUUGUAUUUCACUGAUCACGACGGCUUCCUUUUACUGCUGCAGUCCAUUAAACCAGCCAACCAACACCAAUGAGCGGAGAUCUUUACUACGAGUGUGAUCCAGUAUAUUUCUUGACCUUAAUGUUGUCCAGAGUACAGGCCAAAAGAGGCUCCUGGAGAUCCCAUGGUAUUGUUGGUUUAUUUGGAAAAGUGUGCCUCCAGAUAAAGGAAAUGUCAUUCUGUGAAUUCUGUGGGAUGACACCUCCUAACCCUAACCCUAACCCUGUUAGGACAAAUUACUCCUAGGAGAUGUUUUCCAUAAUUGUCUGUCUGAGAUCUGUUUGCUGAAAUUUUUGUUCAAUCAGAUCUUUGAGGCUUUUCUUGUAUGUUUUGCUUCUUUCAAAGACCCACAAACCUUUCAGGUGGAUUCAGAUCUGGAUUUGAUCUGUUCAGAGCACAUUUUUCCCAAAGCCGCUCUGUGACUGCACGAUCGCUGGAUGAUCGCUGGCUCUGAUGUUCUUCUUGGACAGUAAAGGCUUUUUCCUGCAGGGCAAUAUGUGGACUCUCUUCAGGAUAAUAGACACGGCACUUUGACUUAUUUAGUCUUUUUAAUGUUGCAUGUUCCACCUCUCCACUAACCUUAGACAGUUCGCGUGGUCAGAAACAACUAUAGUGCUAUUCAGGAAACAACAAUGCCCCACAAAGGGUUAAAAAUGACCCACAAAGAACCAAUUGGCUGAAGUGGGAUGUAGUUUAGUUAGAAUGUGCUGGAGUAGCCAGCCCACUUCCUCUCAGUGGAAUGACUCAUUUUAAAUGAUUAUGAGAUCUUUUUAAAUCCAUCUCAUCAAUUCAAUUCAAAGAUCUUUAUUGUCCCCAAGGGCAAUUAUUUCCACAGGCAGUAGUACCGAAAGAAACAUAAAAACAGUUAUACCAUGACAACAUAUAAAACCACAACAAAUCAUUUAAAAACCCAAUUGCUCUGUUCGUCUGUUCAUCCUACAUCUAGG